ACAGUCCAAUUACUUUCGGACUGCUUUUGCACAGCGGAUUGUAGGAUCGUGAUAAUACCUCCAUCUUGUAGGACCUGUUAGUACUUCGUUCCGCGAGGUCGCCCGAUCGUGGACCGUUCUUCGUUCGGAUUUCGGAAUGUCAGUGGCAUAGACAUUGAAUCAUUUCACCGUGCCGUUUGUUUUUUAGUGUGCUAAUUUCUAGUAUUCGUUUCAUAUUCAUAUCUCGCUGUUUUUCUAAGUUCGCGCAAGUGUCAUACUGUCAAGUGAUAAGGAUGUAGUGUUUCUUUUCAUUGAUACGGUCAUGCGAGAGACCAGCAGCUGAUAGCAGUUUCCUGUGUUACGAUACUUCUUUCAACUCGCGUUUCGUUGUGUUAAUCAGUAUGCCUCUGUUUGGGAGGAGAGAUCCUUCCAAAAGGAAAAAGGACGGAAAGGACGAGAAAACUGACAAGAUGCCGUCAGUCGAGGACAAAUAUAUUCUCAAGGAGUUGCUCGGAACGGGAGCAUUUUCGGAAGUGCGCUUGGCGGAAAGCAAGGACAAGCCAGGCCAGAUGUACGCUGUUAAAAUAAUCGACAAAAAAGCUCUUAAAGGGAAAGAAGACUCCUUAGAAAAUGAAAUAAAAGUUCUUAGAAGGUUCAGUCAUUGUGUGAACAACGCUGCUGACCCGUCUGCGACACCUGAACAGACGCCUUGGUUAACGCAUCCAAACAUCGUGCAGCUGUUGGAAACCUUUGAAGACAAACACAAAGUAUAUCUAAUUAUGGAAUUAGUAACGGGAGGUGAGCUCUUCGAUCGGAUAGUGGAAAAAGGGAGCUAUACGGAAAAAGACGCCUCAGACCUCAUACGACAGGUUUUGGAAGCGGUCGAUUAUAUGCACGAACAAGGCGUUGUACAUAGAGAUCUCAAGCCUGAAAACUUAUUGUAUUAUAGUCCAGCUGAAGAUAGUAAAAUUAUGAUUAGUGAUUUUGGCUUAUCUAAAAUGGAGGAUUCUGGAAUUAUGGCCACAGCCUGUGGUACCCCUGGAUAUGUUGCACCGGAAGUGUUAGCUCAAAAACCUUAUGGCAAAGCUGUAGAUGUAUGGAGCAUUGGUGUUAUUUCCUAUAUUUUACUGUGUGGCUACCCCCCUUUUUAUGAUGAAAACGAUGCCAAUUUGUUCGCUCAAAUUUUGAAGGGAGAAUUUGAGUUUGACUCUCCAUAUUGGGAUGAAAUAAGCGAUUCUGCUAAAGAUUUCAUUCGGAAUUUAAUGUGUGUAGAUGUAGAAAAGCGAUACACUUGCAAGCAAGCCCUCGGGCAUCCAUGGAUCUGCGGUAAUGCUGCUAGUAACAAGAAUAUUCAUGGAACUGUAUCAGAACAACUUAAGAAAAAUUUUGCUAAAUCUCGUUGGAAGCAAAUAAUGAAUGCAGUUACGAUAGUGCACAAAAUGCAGAGAUUAGCUCUGGUUAGUUGUGGGCCAGCGGACAGCGCUCACUUAUGUCCCCCAAUAGAAGAAGAAGUAGAGGCCAAAGAAGAUAAAGAUAGAUCUCGAAAAGAUGAGCUCUUAUUAGAGAAGCCGCUUGAAAGUGUCCAAGGAGCAAGCCUAUCAUGCUGCAGCAGUUAUCCGUCAAAUGCAGCGGAUGGCGCUGAGCGGCACACAAACUGCAGCCGGCUCCAAUAACCCGUCUCCUCUUGCUGACUUCAACGGCUCUCAGCCAAAUGCCUAAAAUUAGGCUCCUGCUGUGAUCAUUGUCAAAUUUUACCUUGGAAAUGCUUCUAUUGGAAUCUUUUUAAAUUAUUUUAUACUCUUAUCUCAAAAAUUUACUUCAUUGGGGAAAACUCAAAGCUACACAUACUCAAAUCAUUGCUGCAAACAUUUAAUUUGAACAACACUCACUGAAAGUACAGAAGUUUGGGAAUGAUAUUCAGAGAUGAAGAGUAAUCGGCAGGAUGUGAUACAGUGACCUAGCUUUAUAUUGAAACUGCAUGAUUAUUAUAUUAGUGAACAAUAAUGAAAUAAUAACAAUUUCAGGCUACAAUUUUGGCUUUGUUGGAUUAGAUACUCAACUCUACGCAUUGAUAUUAUCUUUAAUGUUAUUUUUUAUUAUUCUGGUCCUUCUUUAUUAUCCUCUCCCGUUUCUAAUGGAGAAGAAGGAUACAUUUGAAUCACUCACCUCCUUUUUCCCUUCAUCAUCUAUGAACAAUAUCUCAACAGGAAUUUUACGAGCUCUUUAGAAUCAUGUAUUUAUACAUAGGUAAUGGGCAAUAUCUAGGACGCAAGUAUCGCCAAAAAGCCCAAAGAGCGCUUAAGAUAACCAGGCAAAGUGCAGGAUCAAGAGGUAAUUUCAACUACGCCCAAAGACUCUCGGACAACUGCGUUCAGUGCAGUUUAUUGGUAAGAAAAUGUACGAAUACCUACCCAUGCCCAAACUUACACUGUCUGUGCCUGCUCAUUGAGGUCCAAGUGGUAUUUCGUCACAUAAUUCCCAAACUGGUUGGGUAACUUCGACAAUGCCCGUCCAGGCACAGUCAGUCUAUGCCCGAGUCCUAGAUGUUGCCUGUAACAUGUGUAUAUAUUACACUAUAAUAGUAUAUUAUUAUGGCUUUUAACAAUAACAAAUAUCUUAAGAUUUGGUACUGGAUUCAUUAAGAUCGGAAAUGACGAAUUUUAGCAGUAAUAAGAAUGAGUUAAAAAUGUCAGGGCCUCCUCACAACGCUUGAUAAUUUUCGAGGGUUUAGCAGCCCAGACAGUUGCCUGGAUUGCCUAGCCCUUGCAGCAAGCCUGUUGCAAUGGAAAAUUAGUCUUCAAUUACAAAUGUAUGAUUAGUGCCCAUUUACUCCCACUGAAUGUGGUACCCUUCUCAAACGUUGUAUGAAAACAGUAUGAGAAUCUUCUCAAACGACCACCAAGUUUCCUCUGAUAAUUGAAGGAGGCAAACAUUUGGCAUUGACUUAUCAAGAAAGGCAAACUCUUCAUUUCAUUUUUCUAAAUCCCUCGGAAUAUCUUGAUUUUCCUCAGUCGUGAAAUGAGAAAGUGAUACAUACUUUUGAGUCUCUCCCCAUAAAAAGAUUUUUUAACUUCUAAUAGACUUUUUAAGUGCUUACUUCAUAACCAAGCGCUAUGGUUCUAAACAAUUUCUUCUAUCCUAUACGCACUUUUGAACCACCCAUUAGAGCAAGAAGCUCUGAAAUUUGGACGGUUUUUUCUUGUUUUUUCGACUUUAAGGUAAUGAACCAGAAUAAGAGUGACAAAAAUGGCUUCAGAACCAUUUUAAAGCUAAGACGAGUCCAAGACACUUUCUUUAAAUCUUCGUUUCCUCAUUUUACUUUCUCAGUGAAAAUCUCUAAAAAAUACCGAUUUAUCAACUCAUUUUUCCACAAUAAUGUCACACUGUUCUCCUAUAGGAUUUCCUAAACAACAGAAAUUGUGGAAAGACACGGGAACAUCCUGAGAGAUUCAGUGAAGCUUGUUGAAGAGUCAUGAGUGAUUUGAAUGCAAGGCACUUUGAAAGCAGAAGCGUUCUUUGAUUGUUUGCUUUCGAAAGAACCUUGCAAUUUUUAAGAAAUUAUUUUCAGAUUUUACACCCCUUCAAUACUGAAAAUAGAUAAUCUUGGAUACCUUGAUUCAAGAGCAAAUUUCAGAAUAUCCAAAAAAUAACAAUAGACCCUUACAUACAGGUGAGUCUAUGUACACGCUUACAAUGUUUAUCGAAUCUAAAUUAGAUAAUCUACAUAAGGGGACUCCUUUGUGGCACUAAACAUAACAUUCUGGUGUUAGUAAAUUGACUCAUGUAAAAAUUAAGCUUAAACUUUAAAUAGCACAGAAGCAAGAGCAAAAAUUCAUGAAAAUCAUUGAAGGAGAUCAUAAAACGACGACAGAAAACAAGUAAAAACAGGUAUAAUUAGUAUUUUCACUAGAAAAUUAAUAUGAGAAAACCAGAAUUUAAAGAUACUAUCUUGGACUUAUCUCAUGCUUAAAACGUUUCUGAAGCCAUUUUUGUUCCUCUUUUUCUGGUUCAUGGCUGUUUUAAUGCCGCAGAAAUCGCCAAAUUUCGGGACUUAGCGCUCCCAUAAGCAGACUAUAAGUGCGUAAAGGAUAGAAACAGUUGUUUGGAGUCUAGCUCUUGUCGGAGCAGCUAGUGCUGAUCAAGAUGUAACAUUAAACAAGUCUAUUACGUUAGUCAGUUUUGUUGUUCAAAGACUAUGCAAAUACUACAUAUGCAUGACCUACACAACUGUGACAUGUUUCUAAGUUCUAAAGUUUUAAAUAUUAACUUAACAUUUUUGAGAGUACCUACUUACAUUGUUUAUUGUUUUUUGUUGAUAUAAUAUGUACCUAUCCUCAUGAGAAUUAUAAAUAUUUUAAAGAUAUUUUAUUAUUAACAGGUUUAAACAAUCUAGUACAGUUUUGAACAUUCCUUCACCUAGCAUCGUUUUAAAUGGCUUAUAAAGCUUACUCCAAGAAAAAAAAAAUAUUCCUCUGCUAGUCUUUUUCAAAAUGUAUCAGCAAGAUUAUAAGAAAACUAUUUUGUUUCAGAAUAAAUCAACGAAUGUAACUUUGUUCUAAACAAUCAUUGUGUUUAUUUUCUCAUUUUUCAUGAAAUGCUGUUUUUUCUUCCAUAAUUUUUAUGUUUUCAUCUCUUGUUGUUUCCAACUAAAAUAGUCUAUGGCUCAAGAGGUAACCUAAAUAUUAAAAAAAGUGAUCUAAACAAUUACAUCCUCAUUUUGAACAUUCCAUCUACACUCUGAAAACACAAUUUCUCAUGUUCUCUUUUUUUAAUAAGUAGUCUCUUUUUAGAAUUAUAUGAUCUACUUUCCCCGAAAUUUGGGAAAAUAAUUUUUUUAAAAGAUAACUUGUGGAAAUCUAUCUUUGUUUUUGAACAUUCCAUAUAGUUUUAAGAAAGGUACCUACAUAAUUUAUUUUGCAACUUGCAUUUAUUGUAAAUAAUUUGCUUUGUUAUUGUAAAUUUUGCGGUUGAAACUUUUAAAUAUUUUACAUUUGUCACAUAGACUCGCGCAACCUUUCAUUCCGAGUGAUCAUUUGUACCUACCAUCUUUCAUGCCUGUUUCCUGUAUGUUUUCCUUAAAAAUAAGUAAUUUCAAAGCAAUCUAUCUUGGUCAGUUAGUUCACUCAAUAUUUUCAAUUUUAUCUUGUGUCCUCUUCAGUUCGAUUUUAUAAUGAUUGAGUUAUUUUGUCCCACCCAUGUGCAAUUGUCAAUCAUCAAGACUGUCAUUCUUUGAGAUCAUUAAGAUGUUUUGCAACUAAACUUAAAAUUCUGGAAUUGAUAACAAUUUCAAAAUCCUUUCAUUUAUGAAAAUAAUAGGUCCCAUAAUUGAGUUCCCGGGUAACUGGAAAUUUUGUCAUUAGUAUAAAUAGCAAUAAGGAUAAACUGCAAAAUGAGAUCAUUGACUAGUUGCAUCACAGUUGCUUUUUUGGAUGUCAAUUUCAGAUGAGUAAUUCGAUGUCGUGCAACUGCUGAUAGUCAAUAGUAAAUUUAAAUUUAUGGCAAAAAUCACAUGGCCUUUAGAUCAAUAAUAUCACUAUGUUCUCUGUUUCAGUCUAGUCUUCAGGAUGAGUUUUAAUACUCAGCCUGCGAGUGCAUCUAAUUUUUUUCUUUUAAUUAAGCCGGUAUGAGUUGAUAGAUAACCCUAGUUUUUGAAUUUUUAAACCGAACUCAACCCAGAGAUUUCAGUGAUUACUUCUACUUAGUUGGCAACAUUUGCCAAAGCUAUUUACUCUUUUUGCUCCCAUUUAGCUUAUUGGUCAGGCACCUACUUUAAAAUGAUGAAAGAUGCUUUAAUCUAGAAAACUACAGAUAAUGAUAGUCGAAGAUGUUAUCGCUGGCAAAGUGACUUACAUAUAUUUAUUUUGGCACUCUCAUUUCUGCUUUUCACUACAGUUUAUCUUAAAUGGACUGCAUACGGCAAAAAGAACCAUUUUUUUCGUUACUUAUCUCAUAAAUAACAUAUCCACCAUACUGAAUCCGUUUACAUGCAGGUGCUUCUAUGAAUAUGUUUAAGUACUUGGUUCCUUUUCGAGAACUACCAUCAAUGUGAAUUUGGAACCGGUUUUGGUAUGUUUUAGGAAGGUUACACUGGAUCAAAUUGCAAUUUUUUCCCCCCAUCUUUUAUCAGUGUAAGAUUACCCGAACUUCAUAGUCGUCGGGUAUCUGCACUCAAUGAUUCUGAGCAUGUUCCUCAGAAGUGGCUCUCAAAAAAUGUUUCCCUAAUCUUCCUUUGUUUUGAUCUUCAGAAAAAAUUAUCAGGAGCUCUUUUGUCUGAUUCUCUUACUUGAAACUUUAAUUUUCAGAGUCAAGAUUCAAUACAACUUAUUUCAUCAUGUCGACUUGAAAAUUACUUUUCUGACCUUGAUCCGUUUUUUAUUUUUCACCCUAUUUUUUUCUCCUUAUCUUCCCGUGUGGGAUUGAAUUUUAGACAUACGUCUUGAAGAAUAAUUUGCACUCUAUUAAAAUUUAAUAGGUACUUACUAAAUAGCCAGACCAGUGUUGGUUGAAAAACUUUUUUAGUGUCAACUUAUCUUAUAAUGUGAGGCUCUAAGAGAAUAUAACUCUCCCUCCUUGCUUGAUUGAAUUCAGAGUUGUAAUGGAUCCUUAUCUAAAAGACAUUGUUUUUAUUGAAACUUUCAACCUGCUAAAGGUAAAAACUGAGGCGCUGCGACUUGAAGUCAACUAAUUUUUUAGGCAAGAAAGUCAGCUAAAGUGGUUAUUUUUGGAAGCACUCUGCUUUCAAUUACUGUGAUCAUUGAUUGGAAUGGACCGCUCAAAAAAUUUUGUAGCACCAUUUGACCAAUCAAAAUUUAUUUAAAGGCACAGAUCGCUGUUGUUUCUUACAUUUACUCAUCAUUUCUUACUCUGAAAUAUUUCUUGAAAAUCCUCCAACUGACAAAUAAGUGAAAAAUGUGCUUUUUUAAAUUCAAAUGUUCAAAUAACUGCUGUAAAAAGAGUUGCAAAAGUAGCUCUGUGAAAUGUCGUUUUUAUUUCAACCCUCGAACUAAUGUAUGCAAAAUUAAACCUGAAUGGCAUGAAUAAUUAAUUUUUGUGUCAUCCAAACGUGACCAUUUGUACUUGCGAUUACAAAUGGCACCUGUUUAAUGGCUUAUUUAUUUGUCUAGACAGAUUUAAUUAAGCUUUUCAGAUGUAACUUGUCUUUUUCUUUCUACAAACAUGAGUUUCUUUCUCUAUAACAUUAAAAUUCAAAGAAAGACUGAGAGUGCUUCAGAUUUAUUGCAGUGAGUCAAGUCAUCGUACAUUUAUCUUCAUAACUUGGAAAUGUGUGCCGCAAGAUCAUGGGCAACAAUUUACUCACAAAUGCAUCAUCUCACAAAUUUUCCCUUAAUACUCACUCAUAUUUUUUCAAGUUAUUGAGCAGUAACUGAAAUUGUUAAGUUUAUUGUUUUAAUUAUGAAUUACUUAUUUUUUAUCAUUUUUUGAGCAUUGAUGUACCCUUUCUUCAUAUCUCUUUGUUUCUGUUUGGUGUUUCCAAUAAAAGAUUCAAUUUUUUCCUCUUGAA